AUGAAAAUGCUCCGCUUUCGCAGUUCAAGUAUCAAGUCCUUAAGCCAAGAGAUCAAAUGUACAAUCAGACUGCUGGAUGACACUGAGCUACCUUGUAUUAUUCAGAGAGACACCAAAGGUCAAUUCCUCAUUGAUCACGUUUGCAAUCAUUUCAGCUUGUUGGAAAAGGAUUACUUUGGCAUUAGAUAUGUUGACCCAGAGAAACAAAGGCAUUGGCUGGAACCCAACAAGUCAGUUGUGAAGCAAAUGAAAUCUCAGCCUCCGUAUACCAUGUGUUUUAGAGUGAAGUUCUAUCCUAGUGAACCUGUGAAAGUCAAAGAAGAGCUCACCAGGUAUUUAUUGUAUCUUCAAAUUAAAAGGGACAUAUUUCAUGGAAGGCUUCUUUGCUCUUUGUCAGAUGCAGCUUCUCUGGGUGCAUAUACUUUACAAGCUGAGUUGGGUGAUUAUGAACCAGAUUUACACCCAGAGGGAUAUGUUAGUGAAAUUAAAUUGUUUCCCAAGCAAACCCAAAAACUGGAAAGAAAAAUGGAGCAGAUUCACAAAAAUGAACUAAGGGGACAGACAGCAGCUGUUGCGGAACUAAAUCUGCUGCAGAAAGCUCAAACAUUAGAAACCUAUGGUGUUGAUCCCCAUCCAUGCAAGGAUUCUUCAGGAGCUACAACUUUCAUUGGAUUCACUGCCACAGGUUUUGUUGUGUUCCAAGGGAAUAAAAGGAUUCAUCUCCUAAAAUGGUCUGAUGUCAGCAAAUUGAAAUUCGAUGGGAAGACAUUUUAUGUUCAUGGUAUUCAGAAAGAGAAGAAAACUGUACUGACCUACCAUACAUCAACCCCAGCUGCUUGCAAGCAUCUUUGGAAAUGUGGUGUGGAGAACCAAGCUUUUUACAAGUAUGAAAAAUCCAGUCAGAUCAAGACUGUUUCCAGCAGCAACAUCUUUUUCAAAGGCAGAAGGUUUCGGUUCAGUGGAAGAGUUGCAAAAGAAGUUAUUGAAGCAAGCACCAAAAUUCAGCGCACCCCUCCUGAAGUUCACAGGUCCACACUUGCCCAGAGUCGGAGUUAUAAUUCUUUAUCCAAGCAGUUGAUAAUAAGCCCUGAGACGACAAAAUCGUGGCUUCCAUCUCCUGAUGAAUCUGAAGAGCAAUCUGCCAUGGAUGAGCCUGCCUGCAUUACGAAGUUGGAUAUUGAACCCAUUUUAGAAACCAGCCCCAUCAAGUCAGAAAAGGAAAAAGAGCCACCAACUGAGAAAGGAGACAUGGGCGAAUUCAAAUGUGAGAACAAAGAAGAAAAUAGUGAUGAAGCUUUAACUAUAUCAGAAUUGGUGUAUAGUCCAAGUGCCAGUGUCCUGCCUACUCCUGUAGAAGAUAGUGGAAUUGACUUGCUUUUUAAUAGUCAUGAGUUUGGAAAUCAGAGGGAUGAAGGAAGCUUGUAUGAUGAGCUAGAUGCAAAUGAAACCACGCCUCUGAUUGCUGAAGAAGAAGAAUUAAAGGAAGUAAAGCAAGUACUCACGAGCAGCUUUGAAUUGUUAACAAGCAACAAACAUCUGAACGCACUAGCAAAGAGCUUUGUGAAACUUCUUCUGGUGGGGUUGGGCUUGAUGCUGUUUGCUUUCCCACUUCUUUUGGUCUUGCUGGAAUCUGACAUUGAUGCUUCUUUUCUGAGGGAAAUCCGGCAGACACCAGAGUUUGCACAGUUUCACAAUGAAUACUACUGUCCGCUUAGACAGUGGUUUGCAUGUAAGGUACAUUACAUCCUUGAUAAGCUAGGCAGCACCUGA